AUGUCACCGUCAACGUCGCAUACAGCAAGCCAAUUGAGGCAACUUAUUUACUACCACCUCGAUAACAACCUCGUUCACAACGCGCUGUUCCUCGCCGGUCGUCUACAUGCAUACGAACCCCGCUCGUCAGAAUCCGUAUACCUUCUCGCCCUCUGUCAUCUACACAAUGGCCAGGUCAAGGCAGCAUGGGACUACAGUCGAAAUGUCGGAUCGAGGGGAACGCAUAUUGGUUGUUCAUACGUGCAUGCCCAGGCAUGUUUAGAUUUGGGGAAGUAUCUGGAUGGUGUCACAGCUUUGGAACGAAGCAAAGGGUUAUGGGCAUCCAGGAAUAACUGGAAUAAACACAGUGAAACGCGGAGACAACACUUACCCGAUGCGGCAGCCAUGUACUGCUUGUUAGGAAAGUUAUGGCACGCCCACAGAGACCUGAAUAGAGCUGUUGAUUGCUAUACGGAGUCGCUCAAAUUAAACCCCUUUAUGUGGGAUGCGUUCUUGGGCCUGUGCGAAACAGGCGUGAACAUCCGCGUUCCCAACAUCUACCGACUGACACCUGAGUUGAUUGCCAUGGUAUCACCAGUUCAACAAGAAGACGCAGAUCUUCCUACAGAUAGGAUACCCUCUGGCCCACUCCAAUCACAAUCGAAUGCGAAUUCCAACCUUGACCCUUUUACCACCUCCACUCCUCGCAACGAUAUGGCUCCUCCCUACGGUAACUCGGCCUUAUGGGAGAAGUUCAAUGGGGCACAGGCAACUCCCGUGUAUGAAGGGAUAGAGACACCCGGAACUCAGGGAAGUGAGUCUGACGAUGUCCGUGUACCGGCCGCACCAGAGCCUUCGAUGGAGCCCCCAUUAGCGCCUGCAAGGAAGAACAGGACAGUGCAUACUUUGGGGGCAGAUCAUGGGAUGGACCCACCGCCUAAGAUGAGACCAACAGGAAUCCGGCCCAGAACCAGGACAAAGCAUGAGCAAGAGGACUCUACUGCGAGCCAGACCGAGAAAGAAUCAGCGGCCGCAUCUAGGAUCGGUGAUCGCAAACGAACAGUGUCUGGCCAGGUAGCCCACCCUUCCGUUUCGCAACCGACAGAGCCAGGGGCACCCCAACGGCGCAGCGUUCGAUUAUUCAACCAAAUAAAACCGACUACUAGCAAGCUGUCUAGUUCAAGCCUGGGCGUGAAGGAUAGCAGAGAUCUCAAAAGGGUUAAAGCUACUGGGACGAAGGGGCGUACUACAACCAACCCGACCCGUGUUGUAAGCGGCAGCCGGAGGGCUAUGAAUGACAGCCAUGAAAGUGAUACCAAAGAUACUCGGGCUGUGUCACAACCCGCGAGUCAACAAGCUCCUCCCAGGAAUCCCGCUACCGAAAAGUCGAAAGAAAUCGAGGCAUUAGGGUGGCUGUUGGAACUUUUUUCUAAAUUGGCCACUGGUUACUUUGCACUGAAUCGCUAUCACUGUCCAGAUUCUAUCCAGAUCCUAAAUUCCCUUACGCAAGCUCAACGCGAGACACCAUGGGUUCUUUCUCAAUUAGGACGAGCCUACUAUGAGCAGGCGAUGUAUUCGGAGGCUGAAAAGUACUUUUUCCGCGUGAAGUCCAUGGCCCCGUCGCGGUUGGAGGAUAUGGAAAUUUACUCGACUGUCCUUUGGCAUCUGAAAAAUGACGUCGAGCUAGCUUACUUGGCUCAUGAGCUAAUGGAGGUUGAUCGCCUCUCUCCUCAAGCGUGGUGCGCGGUUGGCAAUUCCUUCUCCCACCAGCGUGAUCACGAUCAGGCUAUCAAGUGUUUCAAACGAGCAACGCAAUUAGAUCCCAUGUUCGCCUAUGCAUUUACUCUGCAGGGCCACGAGUUUGUUGCCAAUGAGGAAUACGACAAUGCACUGGAUGCGUACCGACAUGGAAUUAGCGCUGAUAGCCGGCACUACAACGCAUGGUAUGGUCUGGGUACUGUAUAUGACAAGAUGGGCAAACUCGAAUUUGCAGAGCAACAUUUCCGCAAUGCCGCUAGUAUCAACCCUACGAAUGCGGUUCUCAUUUGCUGUAUUGGUCUCGUUCAAGAGAAGAUGAACAACCCAAGAGGGGCAGUCGUUCAAUAUAACCGUGCCUGCACAUUAGCACCGCACUCUGUACUUGCUCGAUUCCGCAAAGCUCGCGUAUUGAUGAAACUGCAAGAUCUCAAGCAUGCCCUGGCAGAAUUGAAGAUUCUCAAGGACAUGGCGCCGGAUGAGGCCAACGUGCACUACCUCCUGGGUAAGCUUUACAAGAUGCUGCAUGAUAAGGCCCAUGCGAUCAAGCACUUUACUACUGCUUUGAAUUUGGAUCCUAAGGCCGCGCAAUACAUCAAGGACGCCAUGGAAUCGCUCGAGGACGAAGACGACGAGGACAUGAGUUGA